AUGAAACUCGUUAAAAACCCUCAAGUUUACUUCGGAAAAGGAGAAGACGACAAGCAGAAAAUACUCAAGAUAGAAGAAUAUGAACAUCCAGAAUCUAUGCUGAGUUUCAUGCGCGUCUUCGUCCUGCGCACUCUUUUCUACAUCCUGUGGCUCCAUCUGGUAGUUCUGACAUCAAUCGUCGCCGGUGCGCUCUUCAUUGACGUCGUGCGAGAUUUCGUAGUGGCUAAUCGUGAGCUCGCUUACAUCGCCUUCGUGCUGAUGCCGAGUGUACAUUGUUUGCUGAUCUGUUAUCCCCCGGUCAGAUCAUGCUGGCUCCUUCUCGCAUUUGUAACCCUCUUCGGUUAUGUGGAAGCCGCGGUGUCGGCCAUCUUCAACACGUAUUGCAUAUUCAUGACAGACUUCAUUUGUCUGCUCACGUGCAGCGAAGUGAUCGUGAUGACGUUCACGCCGCUCCGCAUCACCUCUAACUGCGGUUUCCUACUCGUUCUGUUUCUCCAUUUCAUCAAUUUCGGCACAACAGUCAUUCUGAUGACUUCGAAAGCGUCUUCUGUCGACGUCUUCGUAACAUCGAUCGCGACGUGGUUCGGCGCCGGAGUCAUGACUCUCAAAGUUAACUCUGUAGUCGCACAUUUCGAGCCUCGCAAUUUCGUCUAA